UCUCACAGACUCCACACACAGGACACACAGUAGUCACUCACACACACUAUAUAAAUAUUCCAUAGUCAGAGCUUAAUUACGCACCAAAAAAAGAAAAAAAGUUUUGUAAUUGUCACAAGCUUCUAUUAAUUAAGCAUCCAGGAGCAAAAGAAGAAGAAGAAGAAGAAAAUCUGUGGUUGAUGGCUUCUGAAGUGGCGGAGAAAGAACGCAAGAUUCUGGUUGCAGUGGAUGAAGGGGAGGAGAGCUCCUAUGCUUUGUCAUGGUGUCUCUCCAACAUUGUCAAUGAAAAUUCCAAAGAUACCCUUGUCCUCGUCUAUGCCAGGCCACCUAGAGCUGUUUACUCUACCCUUGAUGGAUCAGGUGAGGAAGACCACCUCCCAGGGUAUUUGUUCUCUUCUGAUAUAUUAGCCUCAAUGGAGAAGUAUAGCCAUGAAGUUGCAGAAUGCGUUCUUGAGAAAGCCCACCGAAUAUGCAAGGAUUUUAAUGCCAUUAAGGUGGAGACUAAGGUGGGGCAUGGAGAUCCAAGGGACAUCAUUUGUCAACUGGCAGAGAAAUUAAACGUGGACUUGGUAGUCAUGGGAAGUCACGGCUAUGGGCUCAUCAAGAGGGCAUUUCUUGGAAGUGUGAGCCAUCACUGUGCACAGAACCUCAAGUGUCCAGUUCUGAUAGUGAAAAAGCCC